AUGUACACGCAUAGCAGAGCCUUCCGCUUCCUGUGGAGCGGUGGCCGCUCACACCGCGGAGGCAUCUGGGGCCACGCGGGGCUCCUGGAUCUCCACCCCGACGGGCUCCUCGUCCGUGCCCACCGCGUCCUUGAGGAGGACGAGGGCUUUGUCCGGAUCAAGUUGCCACCGGGCGACAUAGGCCUGACGUUCAACGGUGCGACCGUGGCUGCCGUCGCGAGUGGAAGCAUCGCAGAAGGCAAGGUCGCCGUGGGGUGGUCGCUGUUCGGCAGCGCAACACAGGAGCAGCAGUGCUCCACGAGCGGCGCCGUGCAAUUCCUCCAAGAUCACGCCGAAGUUGAGCGGGAGCUCUUUUUUCGGCGUGAGGCGCCGACGACGUUCGAGCGCGAUGGCUCUGUCGUCGUCCCGCCCGGCCCUCUGUGGCUGACGCUAACCAGCGGCGCUACGGGCGUGUCCGUUGCGUCGAUCCAGCCGGCGUCGCCGCUGGCUCAUCUCGUGCGGCCGGGCAUGCUGCUGCAGCGCGUCGACGGCGUCGACGUCACUGCCCUCAGCCACAAAGAGGUGGCCGCGAUGCUGCGUGAGCGCGUCGCCUUUGAGCGGGCGCUCGCCUUCGCCCCGGCGGAGGCGGCGGCUUGGUCGUUGCGCGGCGCCGUCAUCGUCGCGUCGUGCGUCGUCCUCAUCGCCGCCGUCCUCAUCGCCCUCGCCGGCGGAGCCAACCUCGCCCACGCGUCGAGUCCGUUUCGCGCCGCGGCCUCGCCGAGAGACGCCCUGGCCCACCAGCACAAGAUCGCGACGCUCGAGUACCUGUGGGGCUGCCCGGGCAUCGGACGCGAGUUCCUCGCCAAGGUGAUCGUGCCCGUCAUGCGGGGGGCCUGA